AUGUCUGGGGAAGGAGUUGAGCAAGGGGACAAAGGUACUACAGAAACACACUCAGCACCAUUCCCGAGCUCGAGCAACUGCGCACAAGCUGGCGCAACAGUCGCUUGCAGCGCGCGAAUCACCCGGCUUCUGCACUACAAGACGCUGACCAGUCUCGUCGCAGUCACAUGGAACUGGGGCGGAGGCCAACCAGGAGGCACCGUCGCUGAGAAGAAGACCGAAGGCGAGGUCGCCAUCACCUCCAAGCGUGGCAACAAGGUCAAGAAGAACGCGGAACCAGAGAAUCCCGCCGUCCGUGUCGAGCGGUCCGGCCAAGACGUCGUCAAGAAAGCCUCUGAGCUCAACGUCGAAGAGAAAGCCAAUGGCGACGCCGGCUCAGCCGAAUCUGACGACAAAAAGGAGGAAUCCAAACAGGAGGCCGAAAGCACAAAUGGCGAAAAGAGGAAGCACGACGAAGUAGGCGAGGAUGAGAAGGAGGAAGAAAACAAGCAAGCCGACGAAGUGGAAGAAGAAAAGAACAACGGCCCGCUCGAGGAGAAUGCCGAGGACAAGACGGUGAAGGCGAAGGAACCAGCCACCAAGAAGCAGAAGAAGGAGCCCACGGGGAAAGCCGGUCGACCAAAGAAGGCCGAGAAGAAGGAGGAAGAAGAGAAAGAAAAGGAGGCGGCGGCGACUGAGGAAAAAGAAGAGGAAGAAAAUGCCGCGAAGAAAGAAGAACCAAAGUCCGCGGCGGAGACCAAGAAGAAGGCUGGCCGGCCGAAGAAGGCUGACGGCGCCCCAGCCAAGCAGAAGAAACAACCCACUCCGCGCGCAACAGAGGGCAUUGGGUCUCGGACCAGGAGCCAGCAGAAGAGCGCUUGA